CUUAGGCAUUUCUUAUAAAAGCAUGCAACAUGAUGCGCUCAAUACAAAGCCGUAGAGUGGCGGUUUCACCGCUGGCAUCUGGGGCACCUACACCUCUUAGAGCACAUCGUCGUGGCAAAUUGAGCAAGCCCCAAGCACCUCAACAUGCCGCUCCCAUGCCUCCGCGCGGACCGAUUGACGCAAUCACAAACCAAAUACCGGAUCCAAUUCUACGAGCUGCCGUCAAGGAGCCGGUCGCGUUCUUGGGUGGCAUCUUCGCCGGCGUCUUUCGUCUGAACCUAGAUCAGGACCCCCUGCGGACGUGGGUGGAGCGCACCUCCUCACAGGCACGGGUGGUCCAAGAUGAGCGGCGGUAGAGUUGUACGGUACCAUCAGGGGUUGUUGCCGUACAAGAGUUCCCAAUAGGUGGCUGCACGUCAGGUCUUGGCCUGCUUUCGCCGUGCUGUGGCCAGAGCAGCAAAGGAGCAGCAACAGGAAGGGCAUCUACAGGUACUAGCACUCGUCCUUGCAUGGUGUCGUAGAAGUAGCAACGCUAGAGAGAAGCGCACUGAAGGCGGGACACGAGUGCAGUACAGCUGCUGCCGGGGGGAUGGGAGAGUCAGCGGCCACAAUCAAAGAAGCUUGCUGCCAAGUGGGGAGGGUUGGUUGACAGUAUGUUUGUUACAACGAGCUGCGGGAGCAUGGUAGUUGUCGAUCGGUUGCAGCUUUAAUGCUAGGUAGAAUGGGAGGUGCGAUGACUCCGAACGACGCGGAAAGGAAGAGUAUGAUGUGGGUUGUGAUGCAUGUCAUCAUGCAUAGUUGUUUAGGCAGCGGGG